AUGCCCCGGGCAGAACGACUGACUCGUUUGGCUGCAUUGGAGCAGCCUACUGACUCCACAGCCACUAUGCAGCCAGGCCAAUGGCCGCUAGGUCAAUCGGCGUCCAUGAAGCGGUCAGCUGCACGGGCGCAGUCAGCACCGAAGAAAAGGGCCAGACGGGACAAAACUGGGGUGUUAUCUACUCAGAUGGAUCAACUCACAUCCGAGUUGGCCCAAAUGAAAGCCCUACUUCAGUCUUUCCAGACAGAUGCCAGCCGCAGCAUAGCUCCUUCCCCUGAGCAGGAUGCAGCCUCGGCCAGGGAUGAAGAUGCUAUUUCUAUCGCAGCUUCUGGUACCCAUUUCUCUGAGGGCUUCCCUGUGUUCAGCUCCCAGACUUCUGGUUCCGACUCCAAUGCCUCCAUCUGCUCUCAGGGAGGCAGAGAAGAGUCUGUGACAGCAGCUAUUAGGACAGCUCUCGCCCGCUUGCAGCUGGAUGCUCCGCAGGCCCGACCUGCUCCUUCUAGCACUUUCUUCCGGUGCCAUGAUACUGAGGCGGCUUUAAUCGUCCCUCCCUCAGAGGAGUAUGUCAAAGAAUUACAUCCCUGCUGGACUGAUAUGAAGGCGUUUUCGCGGCUGACAACUGAUGGCAGGGUCCUGGCUGCCAUGCAGGGGGCGCCCACGUUUGGCUUAAGUCAUAUGCCAGCAGUGGAACCGGGCAUUGCCUCUCUUAUUGUCCCUCCUGAUGAGGCUCUGAGGUCUAAUGCUCGUUGUCCGCAACCGCAGUGUCGUAUCACGGACGACCUGCUCUGCAGGGCCUACGACUCAGGGGCCCAUAUGGGCCAGAUUGGGAACUCUCUUUCUCAUUUGAUGCUGGGCCUCUCUUCCUCCCUGGAGUCGGUGCCAGUGGAUCAGUCGAUGCAGGGCUUGAUGGAUGCGUCCCUACAGGCGUUUGCUCUCAUGACUAGAGAGCUUGGACGCAUGCUCUCUACCCUGGUCCAGACUCGGCGCCAGGUCUGGCUGGCGCAGUCGCCGCUUACUGAACCCUGUAGGAGAACCUUAAGGGCUCUGCCUGUGGUUCCGGGGGAACUGUUUGGUUCUGCUGCACUGGAAGCCCUGGAGCGCACGGCCCAGGCCUCCCGACAGCUGCAGCUCCGUCACGGAGGUUCUCACUGCCAUCUGCUCCAUUUGUUGAGCCCCAUAGGCCGGCUCCGAGACCGGCUCAAAACCAGGGAGACCAGGCUGGAUUUCGGACUUCACGUCCCUUUAGGGCCACACAGUCUGGUCGGCGUCCCCCCAGGCCCUCGGGAGGCCAGGGGGCCUGCAGAUGAAGCAAUGGGGCUGGUAGUCGGAUGUUUUACCCUGGAACAACUCAGCAGCUGGGCUGCCCAUACCCCAGAUUGCUGGGUGCUCACAACCUUGUCCAGGGGAUACCAUCUUCAGUUCCGACGCCGGCCCCCUGUCCCUGGUCGGGUCAGAAUGACGGUCAUCUGCGACCCGGCAAAGGCACGGGCGCUGAACCACGAGAUUUGCACCUUGCUGGCCAAGGGUGCAAUAGUGCCUGUAGACCCCCUGCUGGAUCCAGGGGGCUUUUAUUCCAAGUAUUUUCUGGUCCCGAAGAAAACCGGAGAUCUACGUCCAGUUCUAGAUCUCAGAGACCUGAAUGUGUUUUUAAAGGUGUUACCUUUUUACAUGCUGACCACCAGGGAGGUGGUGCAUGCAAUUUCCCCAGGAGACUGGUUCACGUCAAUCGACCUGAAAGACGCAUAUUUCCAUGUCCCCAUCACACCACGUCAUUGGCGGUUUCUUCGCUUUGCAUUCCAGGGGAAGCAUUUUCAGUUCAGGGUCCUCCCAUUCGGGCUCUCGCUGUCUCCCAGGGUGUUCAGCCGGUGUGUGGCAGCGGCCCUGUCCCCCCUGCAGGCGCAAGAGUUGAGAAUUCUGCCUUACCUAGACGAUUGGCUUAUCUGUGCAGCAACCCGCGACCAAGCUGUCCGGGACACUCAGAUGGUGCUAGAUCAUGUAGGCCGCCUGGGCCUACGGGUAAAUAUGGAGAAGAGCAAUCUCACUCCUUCACAGGAAAUGGUCUUUCUGGGCAUUUCCCUGAAUUCAGUUUCGAUGACUGCUUGCCCCUCACCCCAGUGGGUCAGCAGUAUUUUGGACCUGCUUCCAGCGUUCCAACGCGGCAGGGUUCUGCCCUUUGUGCUGUAUCUUCGCCUUCUGGGCAUGCUCAUGGCCGCAUCCGGUGUGGUGCCCCUAGGGCUGCUUUUACUGCGACCACUUCAGAUGUGGUUACACGGCCUGGGCUUGGACCCUGCACGGCAUGCACAUAGACACAGGAAACUGCAUGUCCCACCUCGGUGCAUCCGGUCCCUAUCCCGGUGGGGGGACAGGUCAUAUAUCACGACAGGGGUCCCUCUCGGCUCCCUCCCGUCACGCAGGGAGGUGGUCCAUACAGAUGCGUCCUCCACGGGUUGGGGUGCGACCUGGCAAGGGCGGAUGGCCCAGGGCACAUGGUCCCUACUGCAGAGCGGAGAACACAUCAAUGUCCUGGAGUUGCUGGCCGUGUACCUGGCUCUCCAGUACUUCCUCCCAGGCUUGCAAGGCAGGCAUGUGCUGGUGAGAUCGGACAACACUGCUGUUGUCUUUCACAUCAAUCACCAGGGAGGCACCAGUUCAAAGAAGCUGUUGCGCUUGACUCAGCAGCUCCUGACCUGGGCGGCUCCACACUUUCCCAGCCUCAGGGCGGCCCACAUCCCAGGACCACAGAACAUGCCUGCAGAUUUUCUGUCACGUCAGAAGCCGCUUCCGGGGGAGUGGAAGCUUCACCCCGAGGUGGUUGCUUGCAUUUGGAGGACCUUUGGCAGAGCGGAUGUGGACCUCUUUGCCUCCAGCGAAGCGGUUCACUGUCCCCUUUGGUUCUCCCUGACAGACAGUGCUAGUCCUUUGGGCUGCGAUGCACUGGCACACGAUUGUCCCCACUCUUUCCUCUACGCUUUCCCUCCAUUCCCCCUGAUUUUUCAGACUCUCCUCAGGGUCCUUCAGGAAGGGCACAGGGUCCUUUUGGUGGCCCCCUUUUGGCCGGCGAGGACUUGGUUUCCUCUGCUGCGCAGGCUUUGCUCCGGCCUACCGAUGCGCCUCCCCUCCAGGAGAGAUCUCCUGUCCCAGCUGGCGGGCCGAAUUCUUCACCCCAACCCGGAUCGCCUCCAGCUCUGGGUUUGGCUACUGCAAGGCCCGGCUCCUCCUUCUCCCGUUAUGAUGGGGAGGUAG